AUGACCGACAAGCUCGAAUUGACGGUAAGGGAGUUUUGGAAAUUUUUAAAAUUGAGGUUAUAGUAGAACGAAGCUUUGUGUUAGAACGCUGAACUAGGACACUGAGCUAGGGCCUUGGUUUAGCGCUCUGGGCUAGCGCUCUGGGCUAAGGUCCUAGGCUGUGGGCUGGGGCUCUGGGCUAGGGCUCUGGGCUAAAAUUAAGGUUAGGGCUUCAGACUAGGGACAAAGCUGGGGAGAGUAGAGAAAAGUAGUUAAAAUUUUGAUGAUAUUUAAACUUUUUCAGAAUCCCCGUUACAAAGACGGUCGAGUGUUGACUCGUGAACAGCUUGAAUUCUAUGACAAAAAUGGCUUUAUUCUUAUUAAAAACUGCGUUCCUAAAGCCGAUUUGAAGAGAUUUAAGUAAGUUUAGAGGGAUUUUUUUAACUAUGACAAGCCAUAUCUACACGAUAAGUGUACUAAUUUCAACCAGGUUUAAGAUCAAAAUUUUUAGUACUAUUAAGUACCAUUUGAAAUAUUUUUGAAAUUUUUUAUAAUGUGGUCUUGAAAAUAUGAACGUUUUAAAAUGACAAACACUGAAAGUUAAAAAAUUUUUGAUUUUUCAAAAUUAUCACUGCCAUUUUAAAAAAGUUCUGUAGAUCAAAUUGUAUGAUAUUUAAUAUAGUGAUUUAUAGUACUACUUAGCACAAUAUAUAUACUUUUUGUAGAUUUGUAUCAGCUAGUUUUAGAAAUAUGAUUGUUUAAAACCAGCCGGUUUACAAAUUCUCAAAAAAAUAGUUUUUUAAUCCUUAAAUUUUAAUAUCUAUUAAACUAAUGUUUCAAACAAUACCAUAUUUAGUAGUAGUACAACUGGUACUAUAUGUUGUCAUAUUCUAAAACUUUAUUAAUUUCAGUAAAAGAUUCCUGGAGAUAGCGGCCGGUAAAAAUGUGCACCCCCAAAUCACGGUGAUGAAGGGCGAGUGGAAAGACAAAGGAAACAUUGAGUUCGUGGUCGAAAAGUUGCAAGAUUUCAAUGUAGAUCCCGUACUUUUUGACUAUUGCAAACAUCCACAUGUGAGUUUUGUCAUAGUUUUUGAUAAUUAUAUGGUUUUUGUUUUUUCGAUAAUUUUUGUGACAUUUCGUUAAAUUAACUAUAUCUUACUUAAAAAUAAUAUUCACUGUUUUUAUAUGAGGUUAGAACUGUUAAAAAACAUAUUUCUAACUUUUUGUUUUUCCGAUAAUUUUUGUGAAAUUUCUUAUUCUAUGACAAGUGAAAUUUCGUUUUUUUAUCCAAUAAAUUUUGUGACAUUUCGUCUACAUUUUAUAAAAUAGAUUUUUUGUCUUAUAAAAGUAAUAAAAAGAAUAUAUUAUCUUUUUUUAGGUAGUGGACGUAGUAGAAGACCUGAUCGCCGGCGACAAUGACAAGAUCAUGGCGAUGCACACCAUGUUGAUCAACAAGCCUCCAGACACCGGAUCAUUGAAGUCUCGUCAUCCAAUGCACCAGGACCAACUCUACUUCCCCUUCGGUCCCGAAAACUUUAUUUGUUGUGGCUGGACGGCGAUGGAGGCUGUGACAAAACAAAACGGAUGUCUAGUAGUGGUGCCUGGCUCGCACAAAACGACCGGUAAAUUGUUGCCACACAAAUAUCCGGAAUGGGAGGGUGGUGUGAACAAAGCCUACUACGGUGUUCAUGACUAUGACCCGAGUCAGCCUCGAGUGCAUGUCGAGAUGGAGGCUGGGGAUACUGUAUUCUUUCAUCCUUGGUUACUGCACGGUAGUGGAGCUAACAGAAGUCAAGGAAGUCGUCGUGCCAUAUCUUGUCACUAUGCUAAUGGCUCUAGAUGUCAUUACUUUGAUGUGGCGGGGACACCGGCUGAGGAGUUGGCCAAGGAGGUGGUGGAGAUGAACAAGAAGAGGGCCAAGAGGAUGGGAGAGAACCCUGACAAUGUCAACUUUAUUGUAAGUUAAUUUUAAAUUAGUAAGGCAGAGUAAGGUAAGAUAGAUUACUGUAAGGUAGGGCAAGGUAAAGUAGGGUAGGGUAGGGUAGGGUAGGGUAGAGUAGGGUAGGGUAGGGUAGGGUAGGGUAGAGUAGGGUAGGGUAGGGUAGGGUAGGGUAGGGUAGGGUAGGGUAGGGUAAGGUAGGGUAGGGUAGAGUAGGGUAGGGUAGGGUAGGGUAGGGUAGGGUAGGGUAAGGUAGGGUAGGGUAGGGUAGGGUAGGGUAGGGUAGGGUAGGGUAGGGUAGGGUAGAUUACGAUAUGUUACGUGUAAUUUGAAAUUUUAGGACAUUUGGAAGCACUCUGGCCGAUGUGUAAAUGGUGUUCGCGCCAAUCUGUAG